AUGUCUGCCCGUCUCCUCUUCACUCGCAGUUUCCUAAAGCCCACCACCAUCCAUCUCAAUCUCCUCCGGCACACCCUCACCGUCAGCAGCAGAAUGUCCACCGCCGCACCGCCACCCGCCGUCCCGCGUCUCAGCGCCAGCCUCCUCAUCAUCAACCCCCUUAACGAAAUCCUCCUCCUCCACCGCCCCAGCCACUCCAGCACCUUCCCCAACGCCCACGUCUUCCCCGGCGGCGCCACCUCCCCCUCCGACCCCACCCCCGCACACACGGCCCUCCGCGAAACAUUCGAAGAGACCGGCCUCCUGCUCACCACCCCGCCUCCCCCGCCAUCCCUACUCCCAUCCCUCCCACUGGCACGCUCCCAGAUCCACGCCGGCACUCUCUCCUUCACCGACUUCCUCGCGGCACACAGCCUCACACCCGCCGUCGACGAGCUCAUCCCGUUCACGACAUGGAUCACCCCAAAGGCCAUGAAGCGGCGCUUCGAGACACACAUGUUCCUGUACUUCCUCCCCUCCUCCCCCUCCCCCACCACCUCCGCCGCAGCAACACAGCACCCAACACCCGACGGCGGCAUCGAGGUCCUCACCACCACCUUCCUUCCCCCCUCCACCGCGCUCGCCAGCGACCUCGUCUUCUCCCCCCCCAGUUCUACCUCCUCUCCACACUCCUCCCCUACCUGCCCCCCCCGACUCCGUAGGCAUCGAGGACCACGUGGCAAAGCUGCAGCGCAAGCGUCUGGUGCGGUUCGCGCGGAGCGGGUUCGGCGCGCUGGUGAUGGAGCCGGCGCCGCUGCGGAGACUGGCGGACGGGAGGGUUGUGAUGGGGCUGGGGGCGCGCGGGGAUCAGGAGCGGGCGGUGGUGAUUGA